UUCCCGCCAGAUUUGAGCAGUGGCGAAAAUGGCGACCAGCGGCGACGUUAGUCGCAGCUUGAAAGAAGCGCUGUGCGAAGCUUUAAAUGCCAUUCUUUCGCCCUCACAAGAAAUCAGGACAAAUGCCGAAGAGCAGCUUAAAAUUUUGGAAGUCACGGACGAUUUUUGCGUCCAUUUAGCAGAGCUGACGGUGGACUCGCAGUGCCCAUUUGCCAUCCGUCAGCUGGCUUCGGUCCUCCUAAAGCAAUAUGUCGACACGCACUGGUCCCGCAAUUCGGAGAAAUUCCGCCAACCAGAAGCGACGGACGAGGCCAAAGCAACUAUCCGGAACCUUCUCCCCCUGGGUCUGAAGGAGUCUCUGAGCAAGCUUCGCUCAAGUGUGGCCUAUGCGAUCUCGGCCAUCGCUCACUGGGACUGGCCCGAAGCAUGGCCCCAACUUUUCGAGAUACUCAUGCAGGCGCUCAUGAGUGGCGACUCGAAUACCGUUCAUGGCGCAAUGCGAGUUCUUACAGAGUUCUCCCGAGACAUCACAGAUAACCAAAUGUUCCAGGUGGCCCCUGUUGUGCUUCCCGAAAUGUACAAGAUCUUCACCCAGCCUGAGAAAUAUGGCAUCCGAACGCGUGGAAGAGCCGUGGAAAUCUUCUCUACCUGUGCCCAAAUCAUUGCUACCAUGGGCCAUAUGGACAAGAACACGACCAAGACGCUUCUUUAUCCAAUUUUGCCGCAAUUUACCGAGGCCCUUGUUGAAGCACUGAAAAUACCCGACGGCCCCACAUCGGACUGUGGUAUCAAGAAAGAGAUUUUAAAGGCGUUGACAGUUUUAGUAAAAUAUGAACCCAAGCAGAUGUCGACCUGGCUUCCUCACAUCUUGACACCUGUCUGGAAUUCGCUGACAGAAAGCGCCCAUAUAUAUGUGAGAACGGCCGUCAACGAUUGUGACGAAGCCAACGAUCCUGUGGACUCGGAUGGUGAAAUACUUGGCUUUGAAAACGUAGUCUUCAUGAUAUUCGAUUUUGUAAAUGCGCUUGUGGAAACGCCAAGAUUUCGUGGCCUUGUUAAAAAGGGGCUCUCUGACCUGAUCUACUACAUUGUAUUCUACAUGCAAAUCACUGAAGAGCAGGUUAGAACUUGGACUAGCAGUCCAGACCGUUUUGUAGAAGACGAAGAUGAUGACACGUUCUCAUAUUCUGUUCGAAUAUCGGCCCAAGAUCUGCUUUCGGCGUUAUUUCAAGAAUAUGAAGAGGAGAGCGCUCGUGGUCUAAGUGAAGCAGUUGCCAAGCAUCUCCAGGAGAGCAAUGCUGCACGAGUCAGUGGGGAUCGCAACUGGUGGAAAAUUCACGAGUCAUGCAUGCUGGGCCUUGGGAGCUGUCGCGAUUCGUUUGUGCCUGGAAGCCAGGGCCAUGGACUCUUUGACGUGAGGGGCUUCCUUGAGUCGGUGGCACUGCCAGACCUAAGCACAACAGAUUCCCCAUUUUUGAUUGGUCGCUGUCUGUGGAUGGCAAGCAGAUUUGUCGCUUUCUUGACACCAGAAAUGACACAAAGGUUCCUCCAAACGACCGUUGAUUGCUUACAACAGACUCAGUCAGCCACGUUGCGAGUUUCUGCAGUUCGAGCGAUGUGGGGUUUCUGCCAGCACCUCAAUAACCACAACCAGUCAAGCCAGCUCAUGCCGUUUCUGGCGCCCUUCACAGAGGGUCUCAUAUCCCUGUCGACGCAGUUCUCUUCUGAUGUUCUUGCCUUGGCCAUCGAGGCUCUGUCCAUCGUCAUUACUGUUGACCCACAGUUCACGCAUACUAUCGAGAACAGGGUGUCGCCUCUCGCCAUUGCUGUGUUCUUGAAGUACAACAGUGACCCCAUCCUGGUGUCGAUAUGCCAGGACAUCUUCAAGGAGCUCUGCCACAACCCUCUCUGCUGCGGAGCGUUGCAGCAGCGGUUGCUCCCCACGAUAAUCUCGAUUCUCCAAGCGCCCCUGGACAAGAUACCAUCUGGUCUGCAGGCGGUCUCAUUAGACGUUCUCCAGACAAUCGUCCGUAGCAGUGCACCACCCCUCGCGGAGCCCCUCAUCACACAAGCAUUUCCCAUGGUUGUGCAGUGCGUCAUGCAGACAGAUGACAAUUCGACAUUACAGAAUGGUGGCGAGUGUAUCCGGGCAUACGUGUCAGUUGCAUAUGACCAGGUUGCUGCCUGGAGGGAUGAACAGGGUCAAACAGGGCUUUACUAUAUUGUCAAGGUUGCCCAACAUCUGCUGGACCCCAAGACACCAGAGUCUGCGGCCAUGUUUGUAGGCCGACUGGUGUCAGUGGUCAUUUCGAAAGCGGGCUUGUCCCUGGGCGAAGGCACUGAGCUGCUGCUGCGGGCUGUCCUCAGCAAGCUGCAGCAGAGUGAGACACUGAGUGUAAUUCAGAGUUUGGUGCUGGUAUUUGCGCAUCUGGUGCACACUCAGAUGUCGGCAGUCCUCGACUUUCUGUCUGGUGUUCCGGGACCAACGGGCCAGUCAGCUCUGGCAUUCGUCCUUACAGAGUGGUGCUCCAGGCAGACACUUUUCUACGGAACGUACGAGACCAAAGUCAGCAUACUGGCAUUAUGCAAGCUUCUGGAGCAUGGAAUUCAGACUAACGACUCUCGUUUGGUGAACAUCAAUGUCAAGGGGGACAGAGUGUUCAACAUGAACGAAGGCAUUCGGACGAGGUCGAAGAGUGCUGCUAAUCCAGACCAGUGGACAGAGAUUCCAGUCUUGGUCAAAAUAUAUAAGCUUAUGAUUCAUGAGCUGAGCAAUUGCCUUGACCAUGCAAUGAUGCACAAGGAAGAGGAUGAUUCUGAGGAUGAAGAAUGGGAGGAAGAAGGAGAAAUGGAAGGGGAUGCUGCAGAGAACAUUAUGCGUCACUUCGCACCUGCCUCAGACUAUGCAGUGUUUGACCCGGACGGUGAUGACGACAGCGAUGACCCUGACGCCAUGGCCGAUCCCAUCUCGUGCAUGGACCUCCAGUCGUGCCUCGUCCAGUUCCUUGUCAGCCUUUCCCGGCAGCCAUUCUACGCCAAGUUUUCUGAACACCACACGCCUCAGGAGCUGCAGGUCCUCCAAAACGCAGGCGUGUUGGCGUGACAGGCGGAGUCACCGCCGACUCCGCGUCAUCCUUGACUGCUCCAGUUCCUUGUACUUCUUGUUCAGGAAGUGUGAAGUCGCACGAACUUCUGCGUCAUGCUCCUCUUGACUCAACUCCUGUAAUUUGUACAUACGAAACAGUUGAGGCGCGGGUAAAGAAACGCGUAUGGUAGAUAGGUGAAUGCCGCAUUUGUAGUAGUGGUGCUUUUUUGGUCACGGCUGUAUAGUUCAGUUGGAGGGGGUUAUUAUUCGCAGUACAUAUUGCCACGUCAAUCAAAGAGCGAAAAAAUGGCAGGUCUGUUAGCAAGAGCCAGACGAAAUGCUACAUCAUCUAUGCACUGGCAUACGACUUCCAGUGGUUGUGUUUCGCUUUUGUAACUGUGCUGCAUUGCUUGGCCUGACCAAAGAUUGUGGGUGGUUAUGUAAGGCCGCUCGUGAGCAAUUACUAAAGUUACCGGAGGUAAAUGUUGGCUGAAGGCUAGGAGGCAUUUGACUUUGCCAGAGCAGAUUGCGAGAUUAAAGUCAGCUACUGCAUGAGGUACUAAAGUACAUUUCUUUUUUUUUUAGUUUCACAUCAUUCUCUGAAGCAUGGAAGCACAUCUAUAUGUUAUGGUAGCCUCUGUUGGCAAAGGAAAGUGGUGCAGAUUGUAUCUGGGACAUACUUUAUUUUUUUGCCCAGUAUUUCCAUUCUGUAAUGGUGACAUUAUUUUUUUGUUAUGGCAAGCCCUAAUUUAAGCCAGUUUGUAUGUUGAGUUGCGUUAAUUAAUUGAACUGCCGGAAUGGAGACAGGUGCAGUGCUCCUGGUGCUUUGGGUAUGGUGUUUGUGACGAAAUACGCGUAUGAUGCUUGUUUUAUCGUAAAGCAUUCGGUUAUAAGGCGUAGAUAAAAGUGUACUUCGCAGCCCCUUGUUUUUUUUUUUUUUUUAGAUCCCUUUUUUUGCGAAACAUAGAUUGCGAUACUUAUCCUGUGCCCUUCGGCCGGAUUUCUUUUUUUCACACCCAUGUGAUGCAUGAAGUGAUGAAUAUUUCUGAAAUAACUCCUUGUAUUUCUUAUUAAAUGCCGUUGCGAUGCUGGGUGCUGUAGCUUCUUUUCCCAUGUUACGUAACCAUGUUAUUCUACCUGUAACAUUGCAGGAAGUUCUUUAUUAAUUUACUGCAUGAGGAAGUGAUUGCUAACACCAGUUUCCACCUAAUGAAAGGCCUGCUGCCUUAAGAGGGCAUAAAGCUUUGAGCUGCAAGUCAGUGACUUCCUCAGCUAUCGGUGCAAUCGGUGCAAUCUUUUUCUUGUACAAUCAUUGGAACAGCGUCUAAGGACGGUCUUGCAUUAUCUUGAAGUUAGUUUGUGCUUUGCUAUGCUGGAGGCUGACAACCUAGGAUCAUGGCUGUCCUUUUGACAUAAACCUUUCAGUUUACUGAGUGGAACGUGAAGCCUUGGUUGUGCGGGAUGCUGGGAACAGUGCCCAAAGUGUUUUUAGUUGUUUCCUUUUUAGAGACCCCUUAGUGAUCAGCUCAGCAAUAUGAUGUAGCACGGUUUCUUCCUCCGAAAUUGCAGUUUUUGAGCCUGUCAUAAUAUAUGAUAGUGUCUUAUUGCAGCACACUAAAUCUAAAUAUCUAAUUACGAUUUAUAUUUUAGUAAUUGUAUAUAUCUUACCAUUCGCUUGUCUGAAAUAGAACAGACUUGUUUAAUAUAAUUACUUUAUUUGUUAGCCUUCUGCAGUUGAAUCUCUCCAUCUUGAGAAAAAGGAAAAAUAAGAGAGGCGCUAUUGACAGUGCACUUAUAAAGUCUAAAAAUAGUUUUGAAAGUAAAAUAAAAGGGAAGCAGCAUUUUAUUGCAUUGUUACGUUUAACUUUAGGCUUGUACAACAAUGUUCUCAAACUGAAAAGAAAACAUACAGCUUGCGUAAGUUCAUCCAUGUCUGUUACUCAAUGUUCCAGACUAAAUAAAAGUGACGAUUAGUUUUAUUUAGCCAGCUUUAUUUUAGUCUUGCCUUAUUGCUUAUGUCUUAAAAGCUUGGGCCCUGCACACUUGAGAAUUGCGCCGUUUUGCCGCUGGGAUGAGUCUCAACUUUUCAUGUGGCAGCUUUGGCUUGUAUCUGUAUGUUUGUUUCUCAUGGCCCAAGCUACACUUCCGCUUCGAUGUAGAUGCAAUGCUUGAGCCUCCUCAGCUUUUGUCGGAUUUCAAGCAUGUUUAAACGAAGGCCAUUCUUAAGGAACAGCUGAUUAGUUUUGCAUGAAGCUAAAACGAAUUGCUUUGUUUGCUUAACAGGUAUGGUAUGAUGGCAUGUAAAUAGACAAAUUUUAUACUGCUGCUGUGACAUACUUUAUUUCUUAGUAUCUGUGUGAUAUAUAUAAAAAAAGGAAGUGUUUUGGCACAAGUUGUUUGUACUACGAGAAGACACCAUGACGGCACCUCCUCUGACCACUGACUUCUGGAAGAGCAGUCAGUAAAUGUAGUUAUGUGUACAUAGUAGCAGCAGUUUCACUCUGCCUUGAUAGUACUGUGUGCGGGUGCCCUGCGUGGUGCAGCAAACCUUUUGUGUGCCAAAACUGGCUUGUACAUGUCUCAUGCAACCACGUGCAUUACAUCUCUUGAAGUUCGGCACUGUUCCUUGACACUGGACUUUAGCAUUUUCCCACCUGCGUUACUGAACAAGAUUAUAUGUAUUUUUUUUUCAAACAC